GGUUGAUAGGAUGCGUUGUCAUUAGUUUCUUAUAUGGGCAUAAUGGAUCGUUCUGAGCUUCCUGAAGCCCCCUAAACAAGUUCCAUCGCAUUAAGGAAAAAAUGCAGCAAGCUACCUAUCCAGGACAAAUGCCCUUUCACAUGCAAUGCCCAUUUACAGGGCGACCCUAUUGCAAUUGCCCUUUUGGGCAAGCACAGGUACAACCACACCCCGCAAACAUGAUGGUGCCAACUAUGAUGUGGCAGCAGCGAAACAGCGUAUUUGAGGUGCAGGCACCGCCUAUGUACCGUACGGAUUCGACGCUGACAUUUGUACAUCCUGCGGGGCCGUCGGAAGCCGACCGGGCGAAUCUGGAGGAGUCCCUGCGUACCCUCACUCGCAGCGCGGAGGCGGCUGCAGCCAAGGCGGCCACGGUGGCGGCGCAGGCGGGUAUGUCGUACAAUCCCGCCACGGGGGUGCUCACUGCGACACCAGCGGCAGCAGGCGCAGCAGCAGCAGGUGGAGGUGGCGGGGGUGCAAACGGAGCAGCGGCGGUGGAAAGCAUUGAGAGCCUGCAGGCCCGGCUAGCAGCUCUGCGGGCCCAGGUAGCUGCGGCGACCCAGCAGGAGAGCCAGCUGGCUGCCGCUGUUGCGGAGGAGGCGCGACUCCACCAGCAGAAACGCAGCGAGGCGGAACGACAGGUGCAGGAGGCGGAGCGGCAGGUGCGGUUAUGCCGGGAGGCGGUAGCAGCGGCUCGCUCGGCGCAGGCAGCAGCAGCAGCGCAAGCCCGCGCGCAGCACAAGACGCAACCACAGCAGCACCCGCAUAACCAACACCACCCGCAGAACGGAAAACCAACCCCCUCCGGACGGACCGCGGGCGGCUCCGGCGCCUCCCCAGGACCCAAAGCCGCUGCCGCAGCGGCGGCCGGAGCAGGCGGAGCAGCGAAAGCAGGAAGCGAUUCAGAACCUGCGACUGGCAAGGGCCCAGUCGGCGGCACCGCCAAGGCCAAAGACAAGAAGUCGGCAGGCGCAGCGCUUGCAGGUGGUCGGCGGCUGCUCACGCUUCCGGAGCUCAAGUCCGGCAGUCUGAAGGGGCGGCGGCUGGCGCUGUUGUGGCCUGAGGACGGCAGCUGGUGGGAGGGGCUGGUGGUGGAGCACGACCCGCAGUCCGCGAAGCACCAUGUGCGGAUCUACUACAGCAGCACGGGGCAGGACGAGGAGGUGGAGUUGCUGGAUCUGGUUGCGGCGGGGGAGGUGGCUUGGCCGGU